AUACCUGAUUUCUGCAAGGGUGGGUGUAGCAAGGGCACUUGCCAAUCUCCCGGACGGUGCGUCUGCUCCAUAAACCACAUACUGGACCCCGGUAGCGGCAACUGUUUGCCCCACUGCCCCAGCGGCUGUCCCAACGGCAAGUGCGUGCUCCCCAACAAGUGCAGCUGCAACAAUGGAUUCUCGCAGAACGCCACCACUCAGACAUGCCAGCCCAUCUGUGAGCAGAACUGUGCCUCGGGCAACGGUGUCUGUGCGGCCCCUGAUCACUGCGAGUGCAAGCAAGGCUACGCACAGGACAAAGACUCUAAGUCGUUUAUGUGUCGACCAGUGUGCCGCAAGGGCUGCGAUAACGGGGUUUGCCGCGCACCCGAUGUAUGCGAGUGCAAGAAGAACUACCAGAAGGGGCCCGAUAGGAACUGCGUUCCCAUCUGCCAAUACGGUUGCAUGAAUGGCAACUGCACGGCGCCAGACGACUGCGACUGCUUCGAAGGCAACAACAUCAGCCAGACAUGCCAGCCAAUUUAUAGUUUAACACUAGUACUAGUAUUUCUAAUACUACUAGUACUUUGAAGGCCUCAACAAAAACAUUAAAUGGGCGAAGUUGCGCAUGGAAAUUGUUAUUUCAUGUGACUAACGCCAGAAGUAUUUUCAUCGUUUAACUGGACUGCAGUAGAGUCCAGUUUGUUUUAUCGCUUUCCAUGAUGAUGUAACUAAUGGCCUUGUAAUAAUCACAUAAACAUUUGCAUUAAAUGUUU